AUGCGAGGAACUCUUCGAUACGUUAGCCUCGAAGCCCACGCUCGGCACGACCUUGGUCCAAAUCACGAUCUGGUCGCACUGCUGUACUCCAUAAUUGAACUCGGAGAUGGAAGCCUUCCUUGGAGUAAAAUGCGAGAAGAAAGUGCUAUAAGGGAUAGCAAAAAGGAGACUACUGUGGAGAAGUUGUGUCAAAAACAGCCAAAAAUGUUGAAGAUGGCCGGGUACGUCCUUUCAAUGAAGUACGAUACAAUGCCAGAAUAUGAUAAGCUAACCAAAAUGUUGGAAAGUUGUAACCCACCUGAAGUAAAGCCUACUGAUCCAUACGAUUGGCAAACAACUCCAUGUGAACUGGAACACUAUAUACAGCGUGAAGAACUGGUUGAUGCGGAAAAGUACGUCCUUUCAAUGAAGUACGAUACAAUGCCUGAAUAUGAUAAGCUGACCAAAAUGUUGGAAAGUUGUAAUCCACCUGAAGUAAAACCUACUGAUCCGUACGAUUGGCAAACAACUCCAUGUGAACUGGAACACUAUAUACAGCGUGAAGAGCUGGUUGAUGCGGAAAAGGUGAAAUUUUCUUAUGUUAUGUCAUGUCAAUAUCACCUAAUAUCGGACCAUGUUAGUCACUCACUCCGUAAUUUAAUUUUCUUUCUCAUAAAGGAGAGGAACAGUAACGCAAUCCUAUACCGCAAAAACACUUUUUCAUGAAU